UACCGGUGUUCAGGGGUGGGUAACUGGACUUAGGACGGGCUCGUCCAGUCACCUCUCGUUCCCCUUCGCCGUCACUCUUGGAGAGCCGUUGCAAAAAUCCAUCAUCCUGCAGAAGCCAUAGCCAAUCGCGAGGUUGGGAUUAUUAGGAUUUGGUUGGUUUCUGUAAGUGACCAGGAGCUUUUGAGGGGCUGGAAGGCUCCUUCACAAGUUAAGCUGCGCAGUUUCAAUCUGUUGAUUACAGGUUUAGCUUCGAUGUGAGUUACCGUUCCGAGUAGCAAGGCUGGAUUAGAGGGGUUUGGGCGGGAGCAAAAGCGUGGUUGGAAGCGUGAGCCGUAAUUUAACAUACUCGUGGAGGCGACGAAGCUUUGGUGGUGGUGGUGGUUGUGGUCGUUGUGCCGGGGAGAUAAUGGUGGUGUGGAGGUGAGGUACGAAGAAUGUGCAUGCGUUGGAAGUGCCGAUGACUUAGUUGAGUAUUUGGGAGUGUUAAUUGGAUGGUACUUGUAGCAGAAACGCGUUUUGUCACCUUCAGGUAUGUGGAGGAUAGUUUAUCGCGUCUACUUUCGCUGCUGCGAUUGUUCGAUUGACAUGGAGUCCGCUACGCUGGGAUCAGUUAGAAAAGGUUGCGAUGCAGCGGUGGCUUGAGCUUAGUUCCCCUGUUGGAUGUUUUGAGCUAUAGAGGUGAAUUCCUAGCACACGGGCUUACUCACUUGUAAAGUGCAUUUUCUCCAAUUUUUUUUGUUGCCAUUCUGAAAUUUGGAAGCUUCUUCUAGUGCUGGGUGGUCCUGCUAGAAGAGGGGAUUCGUGAAAGUACGCGCAGAGGUUUUGGAACAUGAUUGCAUAGGCGUGUAGGAUUGGAACUGGAUGGCAUGUCCCAGGAAACGUCCUACAGAGUUUCAACGCAUGUUGUACUUUGUUAUGAGAUAGACGCAUGGAUUUGGUGCAAACGAAACGACAGGCUACGCUUGAUGAUCGUACCAUCUCAGGGGUACUGAAGGGUGGAUGUGCUCAAUUAUGCAACACGUACAUGUAAAUGGCAUUGGCGAUUUAGCUAAACCUUGUUUCGUGGAUAGACCGCGUGUUAGCAUCCAGUUUUAAGUAUCGCAUCGGCGAUUACAACGACAGAGUAAAUGGACCGCCCCAUCGAAGGGGCAGCAAGGAGCGAAGAUGGGCCACAGACUAGGAGUAGUUCAGCUGCCAGGUCACUCAACCUGCCCGUUGGCAUGUCGCGAGACGCAUUGCAUCUUGACACCAUUGCUAGGCGAUCAUGGCAAGGAUUGGCUUCCCCAAUGAAGCACGGUGUAUGUACAACCACCUCAUCGCCCACCAGGACCUCUUACAGCGACAGGUUCAUCCCUAGCCGAUCAAGCUCAAAUUUGACAGGGUUUGCACUAUUGGAUCGAUCUCCAUCCGGAGCCAACAUCUCGCAAGCAAAUGAUACCAGGGAAGAAGGGGGUGCGGCCUACUCAAUGCUGUUGCGGACAGAGCUGUUUGGGCAAGAGGCAGGAUCGCCGGCUACGCCUGAGAAUAGGACGGGGAUCAGUGCAAGAGACCCAAUGCGGUCGCCCAUCAGUCCAACUGUCAGUCGUAACCUGUUCCGAUUCAAGAGUGAUCCCAAGCCGAGUACCGGGUCCAAGGCGCGGCCAGAGAGACCUUACGAUAUUUCUCCAGCCGGGAUUGAUAGUUCGUUGGCGGGGACUCCCAUGUCGCCCCGGAAAGCCCCAAGAAAAAUCGCGAGAUCUCCUUACAAGGUAUUGGAUGCUCCAGCGUUGCAGGAUGAUUUCUACCUGAAUCUGGUGGAUUGGUCGUCAAACAAUGUUCUUGCGGUUGGGUUGGGCACUUGUGUGUACCUCUGGAGUGCAUCCAGCAGCAAGGUUACGAAGCUGUGUGACUUAGGGCCCACGGACAGCAUCUGCUCCGUAAGUUGGACUCACAGGGGUACGUACCUCGCUGUCGGAACUAACCUUGGAGAAGUGCAGCUAUGGGAUGCUGCGAAGUGCAGAAUAGUGCGCACAAUGGGUGGCCAUCGAACGCGAGUUGGGGCGCUAGCUUGGAACUCACACAUUUUGUCAUCCGGCAGCCGAGACCGUAAUAUUCUCCAGCGGGAUGUCAGAGUUCCAGACGACUUUGUAAGCAAACUAGUAGGGCAUAAGUCUGAAGUAUGCGGAUUAAAGUGGUCAUAUGACGAUCGCGAGCUUGCGUCCGGUGGAAAUGAUAACCAGCUUCUAGUCUGGAAUCGUCAAUCCACGCAACCAGUAGUGAAGUUUAGCGAGCAUGGGGCUGCUGUGAAGGCUAUCGCAUGGUCACCUCAUCAACAUGGUUUGUUAGCGUCUGGAGGUGGCACUGCCGACCGAUGCAUUCGGUUCUGGAACACUGCCACGAGCACUGCUUUGAAUUGUUACGACACCGGGAGCCAAGUGUGCAAUUUGGUAUGGUCGAAAAAUGUAAAUGAGAUCGUGAGCACCCAUGGGUACUCCCAGAACCAGAUCAUUGUCUGGAGGUAUCCAACGAUGUCCAAACUCACCACCUUAACUGGGCACACAAUGCGGGUUUUGUAUCUCGCCAUAUCUCCUGACGGUCAAACGAUCGUUACUGGAGCUGGUGAUGAAACCCUACGAUUCUGGAAUGUCUUUCCCUCCCCGAAAUCGCAGAGUGUGGUCCGUGACAAUGAGGUUUGGUCUCUUGGGCGAACAUACAUUCGGUAACUGCUCUUCAGGAGAAGGAGACCCCCUCCAGCACUCCAAUGCUUACAUUUUAGUCCUGAUGCUGUAUUAUGAACCCAGGUCACUCAUCUAGGUUUAGGCUUUUUUUCUUUUUUCAGAUGCAAGUCCACAAAUUCUUUAUGGUUGCAGGAUCAUCCCUCCGAGAACAUCAGAACUUGUUGCGUGGCUGCUGUAUGUAAUAUUUGGUUCCCAAUCUGCAGCUGUGCAUCCUGCAUGUGGUAGAGUGGAGGAGGUUCCUACUCUUUCAAUCCCUGUUUGUCAUGCUUGUCUCGAUCCCUCUCUGAAAAGCAUUUGGAAGUACCCACGCAACGUUGGUGUGGGUGGUUGUUUAAACGAAUGAUCUCUUCGUAAUUUGUUCA